AGCCGCCGCUGAGGCCCGAGCGCUGACCGAGCGAGCGAGCGAGUGGACGGGGCGCUUCGCUGCGGGCUGUUGGCCGCGCGGGCUGCUGGGCCGCGCACCUUCCUGCUCUUCGGCUCAGGCGCCCUUGGACAUGGUGGCCCCCGGCUCGGUGGGCAGCCGGCUGGGCGCGGUGUUCCCGUUCCUGCUGGUCCUGGUGGACCUGCAGUACGAAGGCGCUGAGUGUGGAGUAAAUGCGGAUGUGGAGAAGCAUCUUGAAUUGGGGAAGAAAUUACUCGCAGCCGGACAGCUAGCCGACGCCUUAUCACAGUUUCACGCUGCAGUUGAUGGUGACCCCGAUAACUAUAUCGCAUACUAUAGGAGAGCUACCGUCUUCUUAGCCAUGGGAAAAUCCAAAGCAGCGCUGCCCGACCUCACCAAAGUGAUUGCGCUGAAGAUGGACUUUACUGCCGCAAGACUACAGAGAGGUCACCUACUGCUCAAACAAGGGAAGCUUGACGAAGCAGAAGACGAUUUCAAGAAAGUGCUCAAAUCUAACCCCAGUGAGCAGGAGGAGAAGGAAGCCGAGUCUCAGCUUGUAAAAGCUGACGAGAUGCAGCGGCUGCGCUCCCAAGCGCUCGACGCCUUUGACGGUGCCGAUUACACUGCUGCUAUAACCUUCCUUGAUAAGAUUUUAGAGGUUUGUGUUUGGGAUGCAGAACUGCGUGAACUGCGAGCAGAAUGCUUCAUAAAGGAAGGAGAGCCCAGGAAAGCCAUCAGCGACUUAAAGGCUGCUUCAAAGCUGAAGAGUGACAACACAGAGGCCUUUUACAAAAUCAGCACACUCUACUACCAGCUAGGAGACCAUGAGCUGUCUCUCAGUGAAGUUCGUGAAUGUCUGAAACUUGACCAGGAUCACAAGCGGUGUUUUGCACACUAUAAGCAAGUGAAGAAACUUAACAAGCUGAUUGAGUCAGCUGAAGAGCUGAUCCGAGAUGGCAGAUACACAGAUGCAACCAGCAAAUAUGAAUCAGUCAUGAAAACAGAGCCCAGUGUUGCUGAGUACACAGUGCGCUCGAAGGAGAGGAUCUGCCACUGCUUCUCUAAGGAUGAGAAGCCCGUGGAAGCCAUUAGGAUAUGUUCUGAAGUUUUACAGAUGGAGCCCGACAAUGUGAAUGCUCUGAAAGACCGAGCCGAGGCCUACUUAAUAGAGGAAAUGUACGAUGAAGCCAUUCAGGAUUAUGAAGCUGCUCAGGAGCACAAUGAAAAUGACCAGCAGAUUCGGGAAGGCUUAGAGAAAGCCCAGCGGUUACUGAAGCAGUCACAGAAACGAGAUUAUUAUAAAAUCUUGGGAGUAAAAAGAAAUGCCAAAAAACAAGAAAUCAUUAAAGCAUACCGAAAGUUAGCACUGCAGUGGCAUCCAGAUAAUUUCCAGAAUGAAGAAGAAAAGAAAAAAGCAGAGAAAAAGUUCAUUGACAUAGCAGCUGCUAAAGAAGUCCUCUCAGACCCAGAAAUGAGAAAGAAGUUUGAUGAUGGAGAAGAUCCUCUUGAUGCAGAGAGUCAACAAGGAGGUGGUGGCAACCCCUUCCACAGAAGUUGGAACUCAUGGCAAGGGUUUAACCCCUUCAGCUCAGGCGGACCGUUCAGAUUUAAGUUCCACUUCAAUUAAACCAGCUAUUUUACUGCUCCUCUUCUUUAUUAUUAUUUUUAACAUUAAAAACAAAUUUUGUUUGGGAUUCUAAUGGAAACAAAAUGGAACAAAUCUUUUAGUUUGUCCAUGACCAAAGAGUUGUUUUAAAGAAAAAAAGCUGAGCUUAUUGUAGACUUAAGGUUGAUGGGCCUGUCAAGGUGGGAAGCAAGGAGCUAACCGUAUUUCUGACGAAGCAGCCUAUACUAAUUUGUGACUUCUGGGAGAAGUGGUCUGAGAUACUUAUCCUGUGGAGGUGUUCAGAAAAGCGUUAAAUAGACAUUGAUAACCCUGGAGCAGACAGAUUCUAUGCAGGCUGUGUAUUAACCGUGAGGAGGAGCUGUGAUCUUUGGUGGAUUGUGUCUCAGUAUUCUUAAAGGAGUGUGGACAGCUGAGCUUCAUUUUUGGAGGAACAGUUAUGCUUAGACUUUGGUCAGUCCAUUCACUUGCAAGUAUUUCUGUACCAGUGUCCUCAGCUCUCACUGCAGGAGGGGAGACCGUCUUCCAGGAAACUUACCAGCAGGUGGUAGGCUGUAUGUCCAGGUAUAGACUGGAAGUAUUUUUGUUGUUGUUUUAUAUCUAUAGGAGAAUACCAAUUUCACUUGAAUUUAAUUGUUAAACUAAACAGAGUAAGUUAAAGUAUAUGAAAGCGGCUCUGUGGUUCUCUAGACAACACUGUUGAAAGUCAGUUUGAAAUGCUUUUUAAGAAAGUGAAGUUCCAAGUUGUUUGGUCGAAAUUCCCUGUCACAAAAUUGGUUAGAAGUGGAAAGUUGCUCUGUCAACAUGGGCAGAGCAUUAUGGUUGCCUCUCGCAAGCAGUGCGCUGAGGCAGCUGUCUCUGUUGUUUUCCUUGCUGGGUUUUGGACUGGCUGUUCCCUGGCUGUUUCUUCUGUGAGAAGAAAGUAGAGGCUUGCAAAUCGAUUCAACUCUGGCUGUGUACCUUCUAUCAUUCACUUAAUAAGAUGGCACUUCCUCCUGAGACAUUCCCGUCCCUCUUACUUUAAAGCAGAUACUUAAGAAAUGUACUAGUCAGUAUUUGUAUACUGUAUAAUUUUUGCCUUAAAAAUCUGUUGCUAAACAAGAAUAUUGAAUACUUAUGGAACUACUGAUGCUGUGUUGAAAACUUAGAAGAAUUACUCUGGUAAGAAUUAUUGCCUCUAUUCUAGAAAAAAAAAUUUUAAACAUUGUGAGAUAUUUUAAGCAUAAAGGUCUAAUAUAUUGCUUUUAUGAAAUUAAACAUUUUAGUUAAUUGUGGGAAGGAAGCAUGAAUGUAGCAGCCAAGCACAAAUCAUUUUGUUAACCUAUAGUCAUAUCAACUUGAGCAGAUAUAGAAAAAGAUUUUGUUAACUGCAAGAACAUGAAUUACAUAAGUUGAGUUGGGCAAAACAUUUUAAGUGCUUUUUGCCUCUACUUAGGAGCCUUUUUCUUACCAAAACACUUAACAAUGCAUUUCAAAAUACCUUUCAGCUUUCAUUUUGCUUCAGUGUCUCACAGUUCAAGGCAGGCAAGAAAACUCACAGCUUUUAUCCUAGCUGUAGAGACAGGCAGAGGCAGGUGGAUUCCUAAGAGUUUGAGCCAGCUUGGUUUACAUAGUGAGUUCCGUGCCAGGGCCUCCACCAAAAUAUUAAAUCAGUUCAAGCCAGUGUGAAACAUUGAAUGAAAAAUAAAAGAACAUUUUUGUGUGUUUUUCAGAUCUUAGUAAUCUUAUGUUAACUACUUACCUGACGUUGUCUUUCAGUCUGACUCACUCCUUUUGUGAUGUCACUGACAGUUGUGAACUGGAGUGACGGCACCUCUGCUUUGCACAGCCCAGUGUUCACCAGCAGAACAAAGGAGGCAUCUCGGUGCUUACACUCCCACUUAGAGCGAUGUCAGCUGCCCGUAGUGUGGGUUGAAGGUGGGCUGCAUGGACACAGGUCCCAGAUCUAGCUACCUCCUAACUUGCUUCCCAGAAGGGUUUUCUUUUUCUCUUUUUUUCCCCUUCCUACUUGUAACAACCCAAAGUAACUGAGGAUUAGGCUUUGUCAUUGCAAAUUUUGGUGCCAAAGGCAUAUGCCGUGGCAGGAGGUUAGUGAGGUAACCCUCCUGUGCUCAUUAGUGAGGUAGGGGUGUCCAGCCUGCCCCAGGCGAGUCACAGCGUCAGAACAGUAGUUUCUGCUACCUGCCUGACAUUGCAAGGCAGGCACUGUGGAACCACAUUACUGAAAAAGCAUUCUCUGCCUUUGUCUUUCCCUCUGUUUGCAGAGCCACUUCCACAUUCCAAUUUCUCUGUUUAGGAACUGCAGGUAACCUGUGUAGUAAUUCUGGGAAAAAUAUGACCAAAGGUCACUUUGGCUGAACUCCGUUCUGUCCAUAGACGUCCCCUCCUCUGUGGUGAGCUUCCUAAGUACAGUGUCACUGGGCUGUGUCCAGUGCUCGUCGCUCUGGAAGAAGGAAAGGCACCUGCUGUGGGGCCACGGGGCCACUCCUUUUAUUUCUCAGCUCUAAAACUUUACUCUUUCUUACUGUGAAUAGAAGAAAACCUGAAAAACAUCUCAGUGGUUUAUUAAUGUGAAUUGGAUGUAACGUCUUAAGUUAAAAAUGUAGUGAGUGUUAAAAGUCUGUUUUUAAAUAGCAGUAUGCAGAUUUGUCACUGGAGUUCUGAUAAUGAAUGGAAUUAAAAUUCUUUUUUUUUUAACAUAAGCAGGCAUGGUGGCUCAGGCCUGUAAUCCCAGAAUGUGGGGCUGCAAUAGCAUGUCACUGUGACUUUAGGCCCCAUUUCAAAAAUACCAAACUUAAACACAUCCCCAAAACGAGUGUGAGAGAGGAUUACAGAUAACUAAGUAAAAAAUGUCAGUGGUCACCGUUAUCUAUUCCUGGGUCAGAAGCUGGCAUGUGCCAUGAAGGCGGCAAGCUGUACUAGGUAACUGUGACUCCGCAGGCCCUGUGGGUGCCGACCUGCCUUACAGAUACGUCCUGGGUAAGUGGGGGGCCAAGAUGGUUUGCUUGACUGUACUGGACUUUGCUGUAGGAGGAGGGAGGGAAAUGGUAAUCGCUAAGAGCUCAUCUUUUCCAGAUCGUAUCAUUUCUCUUCUAUUAGUGGCAGAGUUGAUUCUGUAAUUUCAAAUGAUGUUCAAAGGGGAGGUAUUUUUUUUUAAACAGAUGAUCUCAUUUGCUGAAUGAUUUAAGAGUAAAAUUUAGCCACUGCGUGGCUUUGUGUAUAGUAACAACAGGUUUUAUUGCACUAUCUAUGGUUGAAAUACCUGUGCAAAGAAAUGCAGGGCACAGGGGAGGUAAAAAUUCAAGAUGUUUGAUACGUUAAAUUAUUACUCUUAAGUUUAUAUUUGUUUUAAAUGGGACACAUCUUACUUAAUCCAUCUCAAUUUAGUGUUUUAAUAAAAAAAGAACUAAAAUUAUUUCAACUUGGGCUUACAUGUGUCAAUAUGGGCAAUAUGAAUAUGGGCAAUAUUUUUAUGCCCGUGUAUUUUCACAUUUAAUAAAAAUAUUUAUGGUCAUAUCCAC